AUGGAUGAAAAAAUUUUACUCGAUCAAUUUCGUCAAAUGGAUAAAGAUGGAAAUGGGACUCUGUCAAAAAGAGAAAUAAGACAUUGUAUGAAGUUAAGUGGAUUUAAUGAAGCCUUUCUUACGGAAUUUAUCAAAACAUUCGAUUUAGAUGGAGAUGGUGAAAUAACUUUAGAAGAAUAUGAAAAAGUACUAAAUAUUGUUCCGAAAGAAGAAAAGGAGGCAGCUGUUUGGCGUAGCGUAUUUAACGACAUGGAUAAAGAUCAUUCUGGGAAAAUAUGUGUUUCUGAAGUAAUUAUAUAA